CUCUUUCUCUGCCUUCGCUUAUUUUCAUUGUUUAUCACUUUCCUGUGCUCUAUAGCAAAAGAUGAGACCUCCCUUUAGAGGACGUGGUGGCGGUGGAAGAGGUGAAGGAGGUUUCCGUGGAAGAGGUGGAAGAGGUGAAGGAGGUUUCCGAAGAGGAGCUCCUGCAAGAAGAGGAGUGCCUAGAGGAAGAGCAGCACCUGUUAGAGGAAGAGGAGGACUCAAAGGAGGAAACAAAGUGAUUGUGGAGCCUCACAGACACGCAGGAGUGUUCAUUGCCAAGGCUAAAGAUGAUGUUCUUGUCACUAAGAACUUGGUUCCUGGUGAAUCCGUUUACCAAGAGAAGAGAAUCUCUGUUCAAAACAUAGAUGACACUACUAAAGAUGAAUACAGAGUUUGGAACCCUUUCCGCUCUAAGCUAGCUGCUGCUCUUCUCGGUGGUAUUGACAACAUGUGGAUCAAACCUGGUGCUAAAGUUCUUUACCUUGGUGCUGCUUCUGGAACUACUGUAUCUCAUGUCUCUGAUAUUGUUGGAACUGCUAGGAUAGUAGCUCUCAAUGCAUCUUUCUUCCUCAAAACUGGAGGUCACUAUAUGAUCUCUAUAAAGGCGAGCUGUGUUGACUCAACAGUGCCAGCAGAAGCAGUGUUUGCGAACGAAGUGAAAAAGCUGCAAGCAGAGGACUUGAGACCAAAAGAGCAAAUUUCUCUUGAGCCUUAUGAGCGUGACCAUGCUUGUGUUAUGGGUGGAUAUCGCUUGCCUAAGAAGCAGAAAGCUGCUACUGCUGCUUAAUUAGCAAUCUAAUCUAUUUACUUAGUUUGUGAUUAUAGUGUGAUUUAUCACACAAUCUAAUCUUAACCGCUUUUGUGUUCAGUUUUACUUCUGAUCUCCAGAAGUAGAAAGUUUUGUUCGAAACGCAAAUGCAUAUUUGAGUUAGAUUUUAUUUAUUAGUGUGGUAUUGGUUUUAUUGGACGUGGAACUUACUCUGAUGUCGUCUCGUUAUGAUUUGUCUGGUUUCUUUAUACAUGAUAAAUUUUAAUACAUGUAUAAUGUAUUGUGUUGAUUACAAA